GGAAAGAAUGAAUUAGUGUCAUGGUCUUUCUCAAUCCUGCAUCCUUCUCAAUUUUCUCAUCACAUAUCUCUCUCUCUCCUCGGAACGAAAACUCUUGCCCACUUCCUCCCCACUAUCUCUGCCGCCCUGUCGCCGCCUCAUCCCCGCGCCUCGUCGCCUCCUUCAUCGCAACCUCUUCUCCGCCACUUUUUCUCUCUCCUCGAUUCUCUGCUCUGCUGAUCUGCUACCGGUACCUCCGCGAUGCAUCGAGUCGGUAGUGCAGGGAAUACAUCUGGCUCAAAUCGCCCUCGUAAAGAGAAGAGAUUGACGUAUGUUCUUAAUGCUUCCGAUGACACAAAGCAUUCUGCUGGCGUAAAUUGUUUGGCUGUGUUGAAGUCAAAUGGUUCUGGUAGGAGUGAGUACUUGUUUACUGGUAGUCGUGAUGGAACAUUGAAGAGAUGGACUAUAGAUGAAGAAGCAGCUAGCUGCUCUGCUACAUUUGAAUCUCACGUUGAUUGGGUGAAUGAUGCUGUCCUUGUUGGUGACCACACGCUUGUGUCAUGUUCUUCUGACACUGCUCUGAAGACAUGGAACUGCCUGUCCGAUGGUGUUUGCACAAAGACGUUGCGUCAGCACUCAGAUUAUGUUACCUGUCUUGCUGCAGCAGAAAAAAAUAGCAAUAUUGUUGCCUCUGGUGGUCUCGGUGGGGAGGUCUUCGUUUGGGAUAUUGAAGCUGCAGUCGCUCCAGUUUCUAAGUCAAAUGACAGUGCAGAGGAAGAGGCUCCGAAUGGAAUUAGUGGUGGCGGGAGUAAUGUGCCAAUCACUAGUUUACGUACCAUCAAUUCCAGUAAUAGCAUCUCUUUGCAUUCUACUCCAAAUCAUGGAUACAUUCCUACUGCUGCCAAAGGCCACAAGGAGUCGGUGUAUGCAUUAGCGAUGAAUGAUGUUGGUACCAUACUAGUAUCUGGUGGAACCGAAAAGGUUGUGCGUGUUUGGGAUCCAAGAUCUGGUACUAAGACCAUGAAGCUGAGGGGACACACAGAUAAUGUUAGGGCUUUACUCUUGGAUUCUACGGGGAGGUACUGUUUGUCCGGUUCUUCUGAUUCUAUGAUCAGACUCUGGGAUCUUGGUCAGCAGCGCUGCGUGCAUUCAUAUGCUGUUCAUACAGAUUCUGUUUGGGCGCUUGCCAGCACAUCAUCAUUUAGCCAUGUGUACAGUGGUGGAAGAGAUCAGUCUCUAUAUUUAACAGACUUGUCCACUAGAGAGAGCAUUCUGCUUUCUACCGAAGAUUACCCAAUUUUGCAAUUGGGGCUCGAUGAUGAAAGCAUAUGGGUUGCAAGUACAGAUUCUUCGGUGCAUAGGUGGCCUGCUGAAGGACACAAUCCUCAGAAAAUGUUCCAAAGAGGAGGUUCCUUCUUGGCUGGGAACUUGUCGUUCUCAAGGGCCAGGGCUUCUCUCGAAGGAUCUACCCCUGUUCCAGUUUACCGGGAGCCAACACUUAAGGUUCCUGGAAUCCCAGCUAUUGUGCAGCAUGAUAUAUUGAAUAAUCGAAGGCAUGUGCUUACCAAGGAUACAGCUGGCUGUGUGAAGCUAUGGGAGAUCACGAGGGGUACUGUAAUUGAGGAUUAUGGCGAGGUAUCAUUUGAGGAGAAAAAGAAAGAGUUAUUUGAAAUGGUGAGCAUUCCUGCAUGGUUCACCGUAGAUACCAGGCUCGGUAGUUUGUCUAUCCAUCUGGAUACACCACAAUGCUUUUCAGCAGAGAUGUAUUCUGCUGAUCUGAACAUUGCUGGAAAACCUGAGGAUGAUAAGGUUAAUCUAGCUCGAGAAACACUUAAGGGCUUGUUAGCUCAUUGGUUGGCAAAAAGAAAACAAAGGUCUGGAUCUCAAUCAUCAGCAAAUGGAGAAGUUCAAUCAGUGAAAGAUGUCUCUGCCAGGAGCAUAACGCAUUCAAGAAUUGAGGUUGAUGGUAGUGCAGAAAAUGAUUCAAUGAUAUAUCCUCCAUUUGAGUUUUCUGCUGUAUAUCCUCCUUCCAUUAUUACCGAGGGUUCUCAAGGGGGUGCAUGGAGGAAAAAGAUAGCUGAUCUGGAUGGUACUGAAGAUGAAAAGGAUCUCCCCUGGUGGGUUAUGGAUUGUGUUCUGAAUAAUCGUCUACCUCCCAGAGAGAAUACCAAGUGUAGCUUUUACUUGCAUCCAUGUGAAGGCUCUACUAUCCAAAUUUUGACCCAGGGGAAGUUGAGUGCUCCUCGUAUAUUAAGAAUACAUAAGGUUAUCAACUAUGUUGUUGAAAAGAUGGUCCUCGACAAAUCAUUGGAGGGUGCGGCUGGAGAUGGGACAUUUGCUCCCGGAUUGGCUGGAGGACCCUUGCAGCAUUCAACAACUGGAGGAGAUGCUCUUCGGUCGGGUUUGAGACCUUGGCAGCGGCUAAAGCCUGCCAUUGAAAUCUUGUGCAAUAAUCAGGUAUUAUUGCCUGAUAUGAGUUUGGCGACCGUACGAGCUUAUGUCUGGAAAAAACCUGAGGAUUUGGUACUUCAUUAUCGUGUGAUGCAGGGAAGGUGACUUUACUGAAAGCCACAAGGUUAGGACUGUCGGUAAAGGAUUGCAAUGGAGCUAGCUGUGUUAGGUCAUGGUUUAUAUAUCAUGGGUUGCUUAUAUUGUUCGGAUAUGUCGAGUGCUUCAUUGUAUAUUGGAGAAGAAAUUUGAUUGCUGGAUUUGGCAGCGUUCUCAGGCGUUUCUUGAGAAGUUUCUGAUCGGCAUUUUCCAUUGUCGGAAAUGUUGCAGAAUCUGAAGCUCCUAUAACUGAAAUACAUACGAGCUUUUGUGGAUACUGCAACCCUUAUUCGUGGAGACUGCUCAGCAAAAUUGAAGAAAUUCUGUCUUGUGUAGAGAGCCAAUGCAGUAGAGCUGUGAAUUUCUAGAGGAAUGGGAUCAGGAAUAUGAUAUCAAAAGCCUUGUAGAUUUGUAACUUAAGGAGUUAAGGUGUUUCAGUCAUAGGAAAUAGAAAGGAAGCAAAGCAUCUAUGAACCAAAAAUAUUUGUCCUGCAAAUAAAUCAGUGUUCAUUUUUCUGCACAGUUAUUUGGUAUAUAUUUAUUUUCUUA